AGGCACUUUCUCUCAAGGACAUGAGGGGGCGCCAGGGGUCGAGGAGGCAUAGCCUCACAGCAGGACACAGCAGCUCCGCGUCUGAUGAGAGGUAGCCUGCUGUUCCUCCUCCUUGCCUGUGCAAGCGCUGAUGACAGAUGUGCCCACGCUGUCAUCCCGACACAUAAUUCAGGCAGCACGCUUUUGCUGCCACAGGCAUUGGUUCCUCCCUGCACCACCACCACAACCACCACGUCACAGACUGAAACAUCCUCAACUGCAACAUCUUCAACUGCGACGAGCAGUACGCAAACUUCCACAACUACUACCAACUCCACAACCACGACCUGGACACGCACCACAAGCACCACUUCCACCCGAACUUCCUCAACGCACACAUUGACCUCAGAAACAAGCACUAGCUCUACUGCCACUUCCAUGACGACAUCCAGUUCUACUUUGUCAACCUCUAGUUCAACUUUGAGCUCCACCAGUACUUCAAGCCGUUCGUCGAGCACCUCGAGCACCAGCAGUACUAGAAGUUCUGUCACCAACACAACUCAGACAAGCACGACCUCCAGCGUCACGACGUCCAGCAGCACCGUCUCCAGUAGCACUGGAACGCAAACCAGCAGCACCGCCUCCACUGAGACAACAUCAAUGGUGACCUUUACGACUUCAACACAGACCUGGAUAGGCAACACGAGCACCUCCACCGAGACCAGCACGACAUCUCAAAGCUUCACUUCGAUCUCCACUACGUCAACUUCGUCUGUGAGCGCAACGGCAACCAGCACCGAGACGACAGCCACGACGAGCAGCACCAGCACCUUGAGCUCAUCGACGCAAACAGGCACCAGUGCCACCACCACGAGCCUCACAGCCACGUCUCUAACAAGCACCACUCAGUCAAACACCACAACAACGACGUCGACCCUGACAACUACUACGCUCACCAACACCACGAGCACAACAGAAACUAUCACCACCACCUCAAUGACCAGAACUAGCAGCACAAGUUCCACCCAGACUGGAACAACUCAAACCAGCACGAACACCACCUGGACCUCCAGCAGUGUCAGCACUUCUUCGACAACCUCAACGCAGACGAAUACCUCCACCGCAACCACGACGACCUCAACUGUCACAUUCACCAACACAACAACAGGUACGACAACAGAAACAAUUUUCACAUCCUCAACGGCUACGUCUUCAACGAUCUCAAUGACUAGCUUCACAACAUCAACUAGCACAUUCACUCUAACGACUCAGUCCACUUCCACAACAACGCCCACAACCCAGACGACAAGCUCCAGCACAAGGACAACCACUUCUGCAACAUCAACCUCGGCAACUGUAACAACAUCAUCCACCUACACUUCGACUUCGAUGACUACCAGCAGAACCACAUCAACUAGUAGCACCUUGUCUUCAACCACAACCUCAACCACUAGCUCCAUAUCAAACAGCACAACAACGUCAUCCACCAGCACAUCAUCUUCCACCACAUCAUCCUCAAGUACAUCAUCCUCAACCACAUCAUCCUCAAGCACAACAUCCUCAAGCACAUCAUCCUCAAGCACAACAACCACUCGCCCAUGGUGUCAGAACUUUUUGGAAGGUGUAACAGUGGCAGACGACACCAAUUGCAGCGCCCUUCAAGAAGGAGACACCUGCAUUGCAGAUGUGGGGUCAAACGAGACCGGAAACGAAUCCAGCUGGUGCUACGCUUCUGGCGCAUCAGAGUUCCUGUGCACUUCAAGUGGUGUAUCUAUUCCUGUCUCGCAGAACAUUCGAUGCCAAGUGUGCGGAGUUGGAGAGUUUGAAGACCUCGAUGACGCGUUGAGCAACAUCUCUGGCACUUUGUACUGGGGUCCUAAUGCCAUAGAUGGGGAGGUGGACGAGUCGCUGGUGGAUGGCUAUGACAUUUGGCUUGUGGACAGCUGUGGUGAGCAGCAGACUCACCUGGGCCGGGUCCCCAAGCUGGAGGGCGAUGGGUCUUGCUGCGAUGCGAUGGCCUACAACUUCACCUUCGAGGUUGAGCUGCCGCAGGACGGCAUGGGGCUCAUGGUGACUCCCUUCCAGGGGGAGAACCAGCUCCUGGCUGGAGUCCUUGUUCCUAUACAAGAGCGCACAACCACUACUACAACCUCAUCGCUGACCUCCACUUCCCUGACAACCACCGGGACAAAUACAACCACAACUGAGACAUCGCAAACUGCAACUAGUUCAACAGACACACAAACUACUGCAACCAGGACAACAAAGACACGGACCACAAUGACCGAAACAGCGACAACCUCGAUCACCCGAUCGACCACAACGGAAACAACUUAUAUUCCCAUCUCUGCUGUGCUUCGUGGAUGCCUGGGCAUCAGCGUUGCUGGUGCUGCCACUUUUGCCAUGAGCCAACCAGCCAAACAAGCAGUAAUGGAGGUGGUGGCAAAAUCGGCUGGGCCAGAUGUGCUUGUAGCUUAUGUGCAGGACGUGGUGUUCAAGAUGGGGGAGUCUUGCUCGUCGAGACGUUUGCAAUCUCUCAGACGAUUGCAAGAAGACCUGCGCGCUGACUAUGCGAUGCGCUCGGCAAAUCAGCCACAGCUCCAACCAUAACGAAGGUUCGGCCGCCCUUGUCUGUCUUUGUCGGAAAGACUCCUCUGAUACUAGGUUUCGAUUAUGGUGGACAUCAUUUGCGGAUUCAUGUCCACCAACCACUUAGGUGGUGGUGGUCAUUCCACCGACCCCAGACACGGAGUCAGCUGGGGGACCAGAGGC